AUGCCUUCAAUCGACGUCGCCAUGGCGAGGAGCCUCCGCGGAGGAGUUUGGGGCUCAGUAAUGUCUAGCAUGGCUGCGACUAUCGAGAAGCGCCAGAUCAUGUCCACGGUGGAGAACGUGGGAAACCAGGUUAAUGAUGUGAAGACGGCAUUUUCAAGUUGGGACAACUGCAUGUCCGUCAACUAUUGCAAGUGGCCGGUCAUCGGAGUCAUGAUUGUUGGCGGCUUGAUCAUCUUUUCGAUUUGCUGCGGUAACUGCUGCGGCUGCUGCGACACCCCGAAAGGAACGCCUCACAAGUACCUCGACGAGCCGUACUCUUCGAAUCAAGGAUACAAGUCACAAGCGCCCAUGAACGCGAAUUCGAACGUCCCGCCAUUCCUCCAAAACCAGCCUACGCAUACAGCACACUCCACAGCACCAGUGCCCGUGGCAUCCGGAGCCUCGGCGCCCCCUCAGUAUGCCGAAUUCGAUGUUAGCAAGUCCGGGGGCAAGGAGGACGGAGACGCUCUUCCUGCUAUGCCCAGCUGGGAAGGUGCUGGAUCCAAGAAGGUUGCGAUCGAGGAAGAGGUGGAGCUGGAGCAGAUGAACAAGCCCGCUGCGUCGCCAAACCCGAACAUGCCUCUCAUGGCACCCAACGCCAUGUCCCACCCGAACAGCCCGAUGCCUGGCGACAGGAGCCCCUACGGACAAAACGGACAGGCCGGAGCUAGCGGCUACUUCCCCAAUCAAUCUGCGGACCCCUAUGCCAUGAACAACCAAGGAUUCAACAACAACGGAUACGGACAGUCCAACUCAUCUUUCGGCGUCGACCAGUACGGAGCCGCGGCUGUGGCUGGAGCAGCUGGAGGCAUGGCGAUGAAUCAAGGCAGACGGACUCCCGCCCGUGAGUUCAACAACGGUGGUUACGGCCCGCAAAGAGGACAGACUUUCCCACCGCCCCAGCACGAGCUCGACGGAGGCUUCGGUGGCUUUGAGCAAGGAGGAUAUGGCAUGGGCCGCCCCCCGCGCAACGGACCUAGCCCGGCCCCCAGCAGAGCCUUCACUGCCCCCCCUCGCAACGGCCCCAGCCCUGCGCCUGCUGGCUACCGCCGCUCGCCGGCCCCCGAUUACCGCGGUUCCCCCGCCCCUCCUCCCGCCGACUACCGCAGGUCCCCCGCUCCUCAGGAUCCCUACCGUCGCUCCCCUGCGCCUCAAAACGACUACGGCUUUGACCAACAAGACCAGUAUGGCAACGACAACUACAACCGCCAACAAUACGGUGGCGGUGCGCGUCAGUACUCGUCCGAGUCGACCCGACCUUUGGCCGCGCCUCAGCGUAGCUACACCGGAGACCACGCUCCCCAGUCCCCCGACCUCCAAAACUCUGGCGGCUUUGACUUCCAGUCAGGCUACAGCCGCCCGCAGCAGUACAACUACAACCGCGGCCCCGCCACUGGCCAGCCAAUGCACGCCGAGCCGGAGGAGGAAGAACAGCGCCCCCCGCAAAGCAGCGGCGGCACGUACCCAGGAUACAAGGCCUACCAGCCGACCAAGGAAGGCUGGAGCGGCGUUUGA